UCGCAUUACAACAUGGUCUGUUCGCGAGAUGGUGUCCAAGGCGGUCCCAUGGCCCCGAGCAGCCCUCGGCCAUUCAACGAAGAGCAGCGCACUCCACACGCCCACCCCAACGAGUACAUGGCCAUGGCAGCCCCCACCCACGGCGACUACGAAGGCCCUGCGCAUUCGCCCAACACUGGUAGGCGGAAACUGCUUCUCCUUGGCCUCGGCAUCGUUGUCGUGGCCGGGGCAACGAUUGGUAUCUGGCGGGCCGCCAAAUCCGCCUCGACGCCCUUGAGCGCCAAUGCCAUUCAGAAGCCGACCACGGUGACCGCCGCCCCGACGCCAGCCCCCACGCGCCAGGUGUUUACCAUAGGAAAGAUCCAAGACGGUGCAAUACGGCCAACGGAUGAAGAAACGAACCCGUUGACGUACAGCGGCCAGCGGUGCUACCUACCCAACUACAUAUCGAAGAAAGGCCAGAUUUUCGCUGUGACCAAGACGAACGAAGAGAUUCCCGUCGCCAUCAAGGGCACCAACUGGUUUGGCAUGGAAACAGAGAGCGCGAUCCCAUUCGGCCUUUGGACAAACGACCAAAACGGGACGACGUUGUUCGAGAUCGCGGCGUUCUUACAGCGCCACCAGUUCAACAGCGUGCGCCUUCCCCUGACGGUGUCGUCGAUUCUCAACAACACGGCGCCCAAUCGAGGCAUGGUGCACGAAGAAGCGAAUGCGGCGAUGGAUUUGACCAACUACACGAGCACGAUCGGCAGCGUCGUGCAGGGUCUGGGCUUCCGAGGCAUUUCGGUGCUCCUGGACAUCCACAAUCUCGACCUGUACACCAAGGGCGACGCCUGGUACGGCAACAUGACGUCGGAGGCCGACACCCUCAACGCCGUCGACGUCCUCACGACGACUCUGUGUCACGAUAAGUUUUGGAACAUUGUCGGCAUCGAUCUCAAGAACGAACCGUUCAACAUUACGUGGGGCGAUAGCGGGCCCAAGGAUUUCCGCGUCGGCGCGGCGAAAAUGGCCAACCGCAUGCUCGCAAAGUGCCCGCAAUGGCUUGCUUUCGUAGAAGGCAACGCGCUCAAACAAAGCGGCACGUACGCUGGUCAGAAGAGCUGGUUCUACGACUGGUGGGGUGGCGGCCUCCGCGAUGUUGGCAAAGCCCCGCUCGAGCUGACCACGGCCAACAAGGUUGUAUACGCUCCGCACUAUUACUCGCCGUCCGUAUACCCCCAGGACUACCUCGUUCAGGGCGGCAAGCGCGUCGGCGACGUCCUGGUCGGGUACAAGGAAUGGGACGAUGCCACCCUCGAGAAAAUCGUCGCGGACACAUCCGAAGACAUGUUUGGGUACCUCCGAUCCAAGCAAGGCGGAGCGCUGGUGCUGGGCGAGUUCGGCGGGCUCUUCAAGCACGAUGCCCACGCGAACAAGACAAACCAGCGCGUAACACAAACCGUGAUCAACAUGAUUGCGACGCAGCCGGGGUACGCGGGGGGGUAUGUUUGGUCGUUGAAUCCGGAGAGCGGGUACGAGUACAGCUCGUCGGGAACGAAGGGAUACUUCAUGGAGGGCCUCCUCGAUCUCGACUGGGUCCUCGUCAACAUGCCGUUGCUCAAGGCACUCGAAGGCAUGAACCGCCUCAACAACCUCAAGCCGUUUCCUUGCCUGGCAGCCGACACCGCCAUCACAAACAGUUCGACGCGAUGAAUUCGGUGCUCGAUUUACUAAAACCUGUUAUGUGUCCUUCCGAGUCGAUACCACGAUGUUUUGUAUCCCGUGCCGCGCAACGGUCGAGUACUGACUCCCACCGACCUUGGGUGCUACCCAGCAGCUCGUGAGUUCAACCAGGAGCCACGUGCACCGGAAUCGUCAGCCGUGAAUCGAUCACGACGCCCAAGAGUGAGAACGCGAGUCGAAUGUUGAGGCACUCUUGAUCUUGGACUUCAGGGCAUUGGGAUCGACGUCACUACACCACCUGACGACGCAGCUUUCAAUGCACCACGACGGGCUCCAAUCACUUUGUCGACAAGGAACUCGGUGCAUCAC